AUGGCUGGGACUCUAGUGCAGUCUGCUAUUCUAACAAGAUCAACUGUGAAUGAAAGACCUAGACAGAUUCGUAGCUCUGGAAAGCUCAGAAAAUCUCCCAGAAUGUUGUGCACAAAUGUAGCCCGCCCUGUCAGAAUCCGAGGAUUCUCAGGAUUGCGGAGUUGUAAUUCUUUGGACUUUGUGUCGCAAUCUGACCGUAGUCUUCAUUCAGUGGUAGCAUCAUAUAUUUCUGCACCACAGGGGAAGCCCUGUCGUGCAGUUGCUGUUGCCAUGUUUGAGCGCUUUACAGAGAAGGCCAUCAAAGUUAUUAUGCUUGCUCAAGAGGAAGCAAGGAGACUUGGACACAACUUUGUUGGUACCGAGCAGAUUCUGUUGGGUCUUAUUGGAGAGGGAACAGGAAUUGCUGCUAAAGUUCUGAAAUCCAUGGGAAUCAACCUGAAAGAUGCCCGUGUGGAAGUGGAAAAAAUUAUUGGAAGGGGCAGUGGAUUUGUUGCUGUUGAGAUACCAUUUACACCUCGUGCAAAACGAGUGUUGGAGCUAUCAUUAGAAGAAGCCCGCCAACUUGGUACGCUCUUUUAAGCACCUGUUGUGUGAUUUUGUUUGUCGAAACACUUUGUUAAUGCAACCCAUUUUUUUCCAAGAUAUAACUUGCGUGAGAAUGGAUCUUCGUUCUUGAAGGUUUUUUUUCCUAAUUAGAAUUGAAGAGGAAUCGGGUCGAAAUUACUGAAUAAAGGGAUUCUCAUAAACCAUUCAUUUCUGAGACAAAUUGCAGCCGACAGUAUAAAUAAGUUUUACUUCUUUAUCAAUUAGGAAUGUCAUGGUAUAUUUUGAGAAAUAGGGUUCUGGAAAUUACUCAUGACAAAGUUUUCGGAUCUCUUAGGCAUCCUGUGUUUGGCAUAUAUAGCAAAGUUUUCUUUCUGGUUACACUCAUCAGUUUUAUAUCUCAUCAUGCCCUUGAUUUUCUUCCCUUUAAGGAGCCAUAGUUGUGCUUUUUGCAGCAUUUGUUCACCAUGGUAGAUGGCUUUGAUGAGCUACCCAUGAUAAGGACGGCAAGUGUUUUACAAUGGGUGUCAAUGGUUUAUAGAAAUCCAACCUUGAAACCUGUCGAGUUUUCCAGGUCAUAACUACAUUGGAUCUGAGCAUUUGCUCCUUGGACUGCUGCGUGAGGGUGAAGGCGUGGCUGCCCGUGUGCUUGAGAGCCUUGGGGCUGAUCCAAGCAACAUUCGUACUCAGGCAAGUUCUAUAUCCAAGCAACAUCUUGAUCCGCAAUGCAUUGCAUUCACCAUAUCUAAUAUAGAAAUAAUGUGCAACAGGUUAUUAGGAUGGUAGGGGAAAGUGCAGAAACUGUUGGCGCGGGAGUUGGAGGAGGAAACAGCGCCAAUAAGAUGCCCACGCUCGAGGAGUAUGGUACCAAUUUAACAAAAUUAGCUGAGGAGGUCUGGCACAUUUUCAAUCUGUGACUUUUUCGUUAAAGCCGACUAGCUCUGCCAGGUUGGGCAAUUGAGUGACUGACUUUGUUCUUCCUUUUCAGGGAAAAUUAGAUCCUGUCGUUGGAAGGCAGACUCAAAUAGAACGCGUGACUCAAAUCUUAGGUAGGCGGACAAAGAAUAACCCCUGCCUUAUCGGAGAACCUGGUGUUGGAAAGACAGCCAUUGCCGAAGGGCUUGCUCAGCGUAUUGCUACUGGGGAUGUUCCUGAAACAAUUGAAGGAAAGAAGGUUCGAUAUUUGAAAACUUUUCUCUCGGUUUUUGCAACAUCAAAACUUAUUUUGAUUCGCAUGCAGGUGAUCACUCUAGACAUGGGACUUCUGGUUGCUGGUACUAAAUAUCGUGGAGAGUUUGAGGAAAGGUUAAAGAAGCUGAUGGAGGAAAUCAAACAGAGUAAUGAAAUAAUCCUUUUUAUUGACGAAGUACACACGUUAAUAGGAGCUGGAGCAGCUGAAGGUGCAAUAGAUGCAGCGAACAUCUUAAAACCUGCUCUCGCCAGAGGUGAACUUCAGGUGAUUUGAAUUCACUCGAUGCUUAUUCUUAAUUCGUCCUAUUUGUAGGUGUAAACCAUUGUUUAAUUUUAUAUACUUUUGGCUCCAUCCUGGCCUGACAGUUUCGCGUAAACAACUUUGAUAAAUAUGGAAAUCAUCCAGAAGAUUGUAUGUCUAGAUGAUCAGAUUCUUGGGUAAUUCCCAUUAAUAUGUUCUGUAAAUAGUUCAGAAACGUUUAACAUAGCCCCUGUCCAUUUGCGUACAUGCUAACUUUCUCUAUAAAAAAAAAAGGCCCUACAAAUGAAAUUUUUAAUUCUGCAUCAGGCUAGUCCCUAUGUUUUAGUUAUACCAUGUUCUCCAGUUCCCAGUGCUCCUUGAUGAGAUGCUUCUGCAGCAGCUAUUCCCACGACUCUAACGUUCACAAUGUUACUGUGGUAUGCCUGUCACGUAUCCUCUCUUUCACUUGUGACUUGAAUUUUCAUUUAGUUUCCUCUUUGAGUGCCCAUUACGAGGAUGAUAUGUUUGGUGGAAAUUGUUGUUUUGGCCCUCUUGAAUUCCUCCUUUGCAUUCAUUUCUUCACAUUUCUUCACAUUUUCCUUCGUUUAGUGCAUUGGAGCGACCACUCUUGACGAAUAUCGGAAACACAUAGAGAAGGAUCCAGCUCUAGAAAGAAGGUUCCAGCCAGUAAAGGUGCCAGAACCGACGGUUGAUGAGACGAUACUUAUUCUGAGGGGUCUGCGUGAACGAUAUGAAAUCCACCACAAACUUCGUUACACUGAUGAAGCUUUAGUUGCUGCUGCACAGUUGUCACAUCAAUAUAUCAGGUUGGUCUCCUGGACGACCUGCCCCUCAAAUUCCUUUUUAGUCUUUUUCUUUUAUAUCUGGGAUACCACGUUUUUAUUGAUUCUCCCAUUGGAAAGGAAGAUGUUGUGGAUUAAUUUCGAGCAAAAUAAAAAAAUUGGUGACGAUAAAAUUAAAAAAAAAGCAUUAGCUCGCCGAAUCCUUGGAAAUAUUUCAUUACACCAGGAUUAGUGAAAUAUUCCGCUCACUUUUUCCAUGGUUUCUGGUCCACAGGAUUAUCAAAAUAUGAAAAUAAUGAGGUCUGCCUAUCUUGGAGGGUUGGCCAUGGCACCGUUAGUUGCGUUGUAACAUAGAAAAUAUGUAAUUAGAGAGAGAGGAAUAGCUAAAUAGAAGAGUAUAUGGAAAAUUGGAAUGAUUAACUUUUUUAACCCUAGGAUUCUCUUGAUUAAAAGUUCGUGUCCUUUAAAUAAUCGUAAUGGUUCUUGCUCCUUAUAAUGAAUUUCCAUGAACAGAAAGCCAAAUGAGCUCUGCUCUUUGUUUUUUGUCGGAAAAUGUGGGAUGGUUUCUGUCAUGAUGUGUCAAACCUCCGGCUCUCAUCUUCUAAUUACCUCUAUAUUGCUUGAUUAAGUACCCCACUGUUAUUGACGAUUGGUUAUGUACAUGUUUUUUCAUAUAUCAGAAGAAAUUAAAGAACACAAUAUACUUUCCUUCCUAACGAACACAACUCCCUGGUUUCAGCGAUCGGUUCCUCCCGGACAAGGCAAUAGACUUGAUUGAUGAAGCUGGUUCUCGUGUCAGGCUCCGCCAUGCUCAGGUGCCCACUCUCAAUCCAGCUUUCCUCUAUAUCUCCAUCCCGACUGCAAAUGCCCUUUGAAUGAACCCACAGCCAUUCAAUCGCAGCUCCCUGAGGAGGCCCGGGAACUCGACAAAGAGCUCAGGCAGAUCACCAAGGAGAAGAACGAGGCCGUCCGUGGUCAGGACUUCGAAAAGGUCUCCUCUUUGGGUCACUUCUCCUCCGCCUCGCUCAUCCUGAAUCUGAUCUGUGGAUGAUGAUCUUCUGUAAUAAUUUAUAUUCCGAUAUCAAUUGGCAGGCCGGAGAACUGAGAGAUAGAGAGAUGGAGCUGAAGGCUCAGAUUUCUGCCCUGAUCGACAAGGGCAAGGAGAGAACCAAGGCGGAGAGCGAGGCCGGAGAAGAAGGCCCCAUCGUCACCGAGGCCGACAUCCAGCACAUCGUCUCUUCCUGGACGGGGAUACCAGUGGAGAAGGUCUCGAGCGACGAGUCGGACCGACUGCUGAAGAUGGAGGAGACCCUCCACACGCGCAUCAUCGGGCAGGACGAGGCGGUGAAGGCCAUCAGCCGGGCCAUCCGGCGGGCUCGAGUCGGGCUCAAGAACCCCAAUCGGCCGAUCGCCAGCUUCAUAUUCUCCGGCCCAACCGGCGUCGGCAAAUCAGAGCUCGCCAAGGCACUCGCCGCCUACUACUUCGGCUCGGAGGAGGCGAUGAUCCGUCUCGACAUGAGUGAAUUCAUGGAGCGGCACACGGUCUCCAAGCUCAUCGGCUCACCACCGGGCUACGUCGGGUACAACGAAGGCGGCCAGCUGACAGAAGCCGUCCGCCGCCGCCCUUACACCGUCGUGCUCUUCGACGAGAUCGAGAAGGCCCACCCGGAUGUCUUCAACAUGAUGCUCCAAAUCCUCGAGGAUGGCCGGUUGACCGACAGCAAGGGCCGCACGGUGGACUUCAAGAACACGCUCCUGAUCAUGACCUCCAACGUCGGCAGCAGCGUCAUCGAGAAGGGCGGCCGCCGUAUCGGCUUCGACCUCGACUACGAUGAGAAGGACAGCAGCUACAGCCGCAUCAAGAGCCUCGUCACCGAGGAGCUCAAGCAGUAUUUCCGCCCAGAGUUCCUCAACCGCCUCGACGAGAUGAUCGUCUUCCGCCAGCUCACCAAGCUCGAGGUCAAGGAGAUCGCCGAUAUCAUGCUCAAGGAGGUCUUCGACCGCCUCAAGGUGAAGAGCAUCGAGCUCCAGGUGACCGAGAGGUUCAGGGACCGCGUCGUGGAGGAAGGCUACAACCCGAGCUAUGGAGCCAGGCCGCUGCGGCGUGCCAUCAUGCGCCUCUUGGAGGACAGCCUUGCCGAGAAGAUGCUCGCCGGAGAGGUCAAAGAGGGGGACUCUGCCAUCGUGGACGUCGACCCAGAUGGUAGCGUGACCGUCCUCGUCGGCGGCUGCGAUGCCGCCAUCCCCGAGCCAGUCACCCCCAUUCCAAUAUGA